AUGAAUCCCCAUCAACAGAACAAAGUGGACAUCAACUCCCUUAGCCCAGAGGAGCAGCGCUUGCUGCGCCUCUAUGGCAAGAUGCCCACAAAGAAAGACGUCCUCCAGAACAAGCUCAAGGAACGUAAAUACUUCGACUCGGGCGAUUACGCCCUCAGCAAAGCCGGCAAAGCCUCCGACGUAGGCGUGACCAACGUCGGUUCCCGCCACCCACUCCCCGAAAACAUCCCACACCUUACCGCGACAUCGCCCAACGCCGGCAAUGGUAGUAUCAGCGCCCAAGGUGGACAGCAGAUCCCCGGCAGCAUCAGCAGCCACCCAGGUUCCAUCGGGUUCCAGAGUCGCUCACCCGUCAAAGACAACUUCCUGCAUCGCAAUUCCACUCUGAGUAGUGACGAUAAUGAGAAGGGAGAUAACGAGAAGGAAGAGGAGGAUCUCAGUGUUAGUCCCCCGCCUGCUCGGGAGGGUGUGCCCAUUCAACGGUGA